GUUGCUGUGUUAUCGGCCAACGCCCUGUACGGCUCCACUGCUUUCUUCCCCAGGUUUCUCAUGGACCUGCUGUCUGAUGUUCACUGGAUCUCACGUCCUGCUUGUUUCACUCAGAUGUAUGUCAUUUAUACCUACGCUUGCAAUGAGCUGACCAUUCUCAGCAUUAUGGCCUUUGAUCGAUACGUAGCUGUUUGUCAUCCUUUACACUAUCACAGCAAGCUGACCACUAAAACUGUCUUCAUGUUGUCUGCACUGUCUUGGAUUUUUCCUGCCUUGAUCAGCUUUCCAGGGAUUUUCUUAUCUGCUCGACUUCCUUUAUGUGGCAACGAGAUACAAAAAGUCUUCUGUGCCAACUGGGAUAUAGUUAAAUUAUCCUGCAUUAGCACCACUGCCAACAAUAUUUUAGGUCUGUUUUUGACUGUAACCACAGUUUUCUUCCCACUCUUUUAUGUCCUGUUCACCUAUUUUAGAAUCAUGCUCGUCUGCUGGAAAAGUUCAGCAGAGUUCAACGGUAAAGUGCUUCAGAGCUGCCUGCCUCACUUAGUUUCAUUUGUCAUUUAUUCUAUCAUACUUUUCUGUGACAUUACCCUGAGUCGUUACGAUGUAAAAUAUAUAAAUCAGUUUGUUGCUGUGAUUUUAUCUUUGGAGUUUGUUGUCAUUCCUCCAGUUCUGAAUCCUCUUGUGUACGGGCUGAAGUUGCCAGAUAUUAGAAGACACAUUUUAGGGCUAUGUAAUACAUAAAAUAAGAUAGUGUUAGACAUAAACUAAUUAUGGUAUCAUGAGUCCAAAACCUAAAAAAGAGCAAUUUCUGUGUCAAAUCAGAAGCUGCAAUUUUCUGUCCCCAGGAAAGUUUCUGGAAGUCCUGAAGAAACAGUUAUUUUUAUAUAUAAGAUUAUUUAUAUGAAACCAAUACCUCCAUAUGUUAUUUAUUUUAUUUUUGAACUGAUAGAAAACCUGAAGAUAUCGUGAAAGUUUUUUAUUUAUUCUUUAGAAGAUGUUGAUGGAGAUGUGUUGAAUUGCUUGUUUUAAGGUUUUUAAUGUGCUAUAAAAGAAAGUAAGAUCAAGCAAAUGGAUUUAUCAAUCCAGAACCUACAAAAAGAUGAAUUUCUAAUAUGCAAAAUUAACCUAUGUAACAUUCUAUCCCUGUAAAAUUUAUGGAAACAAUAACAACAACAACAACAACAACAACAACAACAACAACAAAAAGGAUAUUUUUGUACAAGACAAUUUUUUUGAUCACAUAAAAUUAGUACAUCUUAAAAUGAUUUUUUUAAAAAUUCAUAAACUGAUUGUCUUGGAAAAAUAAAUUAUCCUUUAAGGUCCUACAU